GUUUAUUUAAUUGUACAGUACGUCGAAGUCUUCCGAUAAAACGUGCAUCAUCUUCAGAUCCCAUAACGAUUCAGGGAAUGGAAAUGGAGGAACGCUCCCUUGUUGUCUCUUCAAACCGUCAUCAGGUGGGGGAUGGAGGUGAAAGUCCGAGGUACACUAUUGACGAAGCUCUUGUAUCCAUGGGUUUUGGGAAUUUUCAAAUUCUUGUGCUUGCUUAUGCUGGGAUGGGAUGGGUUUCAGAAGCUAUGGAAAUGAUGUUGCUCUCCUUUGUUGGACCUGCAGUUCAGUCUUCAUGGAAUCUUUCUCCACAUGAAGAGUCUUUGAUCACCAGUGUGGUUUUUGCAGGCAUGUUAGUUGGGGCCUAUGCAUGGGGCAUAGUUUCUGAUAAAUAUGGACGAAGGAAAGGUUUCUUCAUUACAGCAACAAUCACUUCUAUUGCUGGAUUUCUAAGUGCUUUUGCCCCAAACUAUACAUCUCUGUUAAUCCUUCGCUGUCUAGUUGGUGUUGGGUUGGGAGGUGGCCCUGUACUUGCAUCCUGGUUCUUGGAAUUCAUUCCUGCUCCUGAAAGAGGCACUUGGAUGGUUAUUUUUUCAGCAUUCUGGACCAUUGGAACAAUCCUUGAAGCUUCUUUGGCAUGGAUUGUCAUGCCAAAAUUAGGAUGGAGAUGGCUACUCGCAUUUUCUUCUUUACCUUCAUUUCUCCUACUACUCUUCUAUCAAUCUACUCCAGAGUCCCCACGGUAUCUCUGUUUACAAGGUAGAACAAGUGAUGCAGCUAUUAUUUUAGAGAAAAUAGCACAUCGUAAUAGAACAAAUCUCCCCCCUGGAAUUCUUGUUUCUAGUCACUCGUAUGAUUUUGAGGAGCAAGGUACUGCUGUGGAAGAUGUGCAUUUGCUCUCACCAACACAAACUAAAGUUGAAACUUCUCAAGCAACAACCUCUAGUAUGGUUGCUUUCUCACCAUUGUUGAAGCUUCUUUCUCGAGAACUGCUUUUGUCCACAUUGCUGCUCUGGGUGGUUUUCUUUGGAAAUGCAUUCUCUUAUUAUGGCCUCGUGUUGCUGACCACUGAGUUGACUGGUACAAGUAGAUGUACAUCUACCGAUACACAUCUAAACGUACAUGAAGAUGUCAACUACAGAGAUGUGUUCAUCUCUAGUUUCGCAGAGUUCCCUGGUCUCCUGUUAUCAGCUGUCAUGGUUGACAAAUUAGGCCGUAAAUUAUCGAUGUCUUCAAUGUUCUUCCUCGGCGCCAUAUUUCUCUUUCCAUUAGUAUUUUAUCGGAGUGAUGGCUUAACAACAGGCCUUUUGUUUGGAGCUCGUGUAUGUAUCACAUCUACGUUCACAGUUGUCUAUAUUUAUGCUCCCGAGAUAUAUCCAACCUCAAUCCGAACGACAGGUGUCGGGGUUGCUAGUUCUGUAGGAAGAAUUGGGGGCAUGACAUGCCCUCUCGUGGCAGUAGCUCUGGUUAAAGGAUGUCAUCAAACAAUGGCGAUUAUUUUUUUUGAGAUUGUAUUUAUUCUGUCAGGGAUCUGUGUUAUGCUGUUCCCAUUCGAAACCAAGGGACAAGAUCUUCCUGAAAAAGUGUAGAUGAAACUUAUAAAUCAUAUUGAUCACAUGGUUCUAAUCGGACUCGAUCCAGUCCCUAUUACCUCUAUUCAUUAUCUGCUGCUGAUAGAUAUUGUUGAAGAGACUGCCUUUGGUCUCAUUUUGCACAUGUAUAAUUCAAGGUCUAGCAAAAUUCUAUCCAUAAAUACAAUGUAGAACUUACACGACUUGUUUCAUGUAUAAUAUAUAUGAGCAAAUGUGAUUUAUGUUGUUACAUUUGUUAAAUUCAUUAUGUUGUCA